AGCCAUCGGGGUGCUCCGCUCGCGGCCGCACCCAUGGCCCCCAAGCGGAAGCCGAAGCCGCCGCAGACGUUUCACCCCCACGCGUUGGUGGCCGAGGCGCACGCCAAGAGCAUCGGCCUGGAUGCCGCGGCAGACCCGGCGGCCUUUCAGUUCCUUUGCAAGGUCCUGGAAAGGCCUUUGCCAGAGCCCUGGACGGAGCAUGCGGACCAGAAAGGCCGCAUCUUCUACUGGAACAAGGCCUCCCGCAGCUCCGUGUGGCAGCACCCCAUGGCGCCCAGCCACAAGGCGCUGCUCCGCAGCUUCCAGCGCCUCUCCCAGGCGAAGCCUGCGGAGAAGCAGGCCAUCAUCGAGGAGGAGCUAGAGGCCUUCCGUGCCCAGGGAGAGGAGGAGCUCUCCCAGUGGCGCAAGAACGCGGCCGCCGACGGCACGCCAUACUUCUACAAGGUUGGCACGCAGCUGACCCGGUGGGAUGACCCCCGGGACGAGCUCAUGGGCCACAUGGAGCUGCGUGUGGAUGCGCUGCAGGCGCUGAUAGAUGAGGAGCGGCUGCCGGAGCUGGACUUUGCGGUGGGGAGUCCAAUGGACUCCCUGGAUGAUCUAGGCGAGCCAAAGGCUUUGCCAGAGUUGGAGGCGGAGCUCAGCCUUCCUCCCACUGGCACGGUGGCCGUUGAGUCGGAGGGCGAGGCCAGGAGAAAGAAGAAGGAGACGCAAUGGGAGGGCCAGGCGGAGGAAGACACUCCGACCUCCAAAAAGAAGAAGAAGAAUAGGCGUGAAGAGGACAAGGGCAGCCGCUCCAGCACCCCGGCGGGCCUGGAGGCUCCGUCUCGGCCGCGGUCCCGGUCUGCGGAGCGCCCGGGCAGAAGUGCCUCCAAGUCCCAGUACCCGGAGGCCCAGGAGCAACUGCGGCAGAUGGGCUUUGCCAAGCGCGCUGCACGGGAGGCGCUGGCGGCUUCGCGGGGGGACCUGGACAAAGCGCUGCGGCUGCUGCUGGAGGCUGCGGAGAACUCCGAGGAGAAGCCCAGCGCGGAGGUCCUGGAGCGGAUACACAGCCGCGGCGCGAGCCCCGCCGGCAGCGACCAACGCAGCCGCCGCGGCAGCCGCGGCGCGAGCCCCGUGUCCGGCCGCGGCCGGGGAAACCUGCAGCCGCCGAGCUCCCCGUCGCUGGCGCGGGAUCUGGCGAUGGGCGGCGCAGAGGAGGAAGACGUGAGGAAGGCCGUGAUCCCCGACGCAAUGGCCGUGACGCUCGGGAUGUGCUUGCAGGACGGGUCUGACAUGGCGCUGUAUCAGAUGCUGAAGCCGCUCUUCCUGACGGACCUGCCUUUGCCGUGGGAGGUGCACCGCCAGGACCACGGCCGCCAUGACUUCUAUCAUGCCGGCAUCAGGGAGUAUCGGCGCGAGCAUCCCAUGACCAGCUUCUUCCAGGAGUUGCUUUCGUUUCUGAGGUCCAACACCGCCACCUGCGAGCCCAUUACGGAGCUCCUGGAGGUGCAGAUCUUCCGGGACGCGAGCCCGGAGGUGGUGCGCUACCGCCUGGGCAUCUGGGAGGGGCCCAUGGUGGACGAGGCCGGCGGUCUGCGCUUCGUGCGGCAGUGGCCCGGGCGAGACGCCGCAUCAGCGCAGCGCAACGAGCGCUACGACGACCCGCGGUUAGAGGCCGCGGCGAACAUCUCCUUCCGCCUGGGGGGUUGGCUACACCUCUGGCGGGGCUUUUCCCAUGAACCCUUCCCGCUGCUGCCGGGCCGAUUGAAGGCGCUGUGCCAACAACUGGGGGAGGCUGUGGUCACUGCGCCGGGCAUGGCCACCACGCAGAUGAUCGCACACAUGGAGGAGUUGCUGCCGCGGCUGGAGCCCCCGACCCCGCCAGCGCGCCCCGUGGUGCCGGAGCUGUCGCCAGAGGAGGAGGCGCUGCAGCCCAUGGUGGCGGCGCUGUUGGCCAAAGCGUACAGCGAAGCUAUCGGAGAGGCCUCGCGGAGAGAGAUGGAGAUGAUGUUGCAAGAUGGCAGGCUUCCCGGUGACUCGGACGACUUUGCGGCCCGAAUCACUUGCAACGUUGCCUAUUUUGCUGCGCAGGCCAUUGUGGCGAAUUUGGAGCAUGAAGAGUGGGCAGCACGCCAGUUUCCUCCAGAGGAGGACCUGGAGGAGUUUCCCGAAGAUUUCGACGAUGAUCCUUUCGAGGAGGAGGAUGAAGAGGAGGAGGAGGCCGAAACCUCAGAGGAAGAGAUCGAGGAGAUUGGCGAGCGGAAGAUUGAGUCUGAAGAGGAACUGGAGGAAGAGGAGGAGGAUCCUGAGGAUGUGGUGGCCCUACAAGAAGACGAGGAUCAGGAGGUGGAGGAGACGGACGAUGUGAAGCCCACCAUCCCCAAGUGCAAAGGCUUCCUGGCCUGCCUUGAGACCGACCAUACUGCAUGGGCGCGCGAGAAUAUGCGACCUUGGACCCCUCCCAGCAGGCGGCCGACCGUGAGCUCCCCCAAGGCCAUGUGGCCGGAGUCCCCGAAGGUGUCGGCCUUGCACCGGCCCAGGCUGGGCCGACAGGCGACCCUGUGGGCCAGGACCAACUUCGGGGACGAGGCCGAGGCCGAGGUCCCGGUCAUGGAGGUGGCGGAGGCGUUGCUGGCCCAUGCCAUGGCUUGCCCGGCCGUGGACGAGCAGGAGCAGGUGGCGCAGGCGUUGCUCGGCCAUGUGAGGGGGGAUCUGGAGGUCUCGGCCGAAAGUGGGAGCAAAGAAGAAAAAGAUGAGGAGAAGGAGCAAGAGCCAGCCAGUCUUGAGCAAGAUCCAGCUGAGGAGACACGUGAGGAGCCACGUGAGGAGCCACAUGAGGAGCCACAUGAGCAGCCACAUGAGCAGCCACAUGAGGAGGAGGAGCGACCUCAGGAGCUUGAGGAGUCUACGGUUGCGCCCCAGAGCCAGGCUCAGGACCUGGAGUCGCCGCAUUGGCUAGAGGUGGAGCUGAGCCCAGACCUACAAGGACAAGUGGAUGCGUUCACGGAGCGCUUGCGAGAGGCCACUACUACCUUCAACCACAGCACCGGGGAUGACGGCUCCUAUGACGUGGACGAGUUCCUAUUCAGCGCCGGCUGGAACUGGUCCACCUCGCAGCCGGAGAGCUCGGAGGCCUUCCGCAGCGGCCGCGCGGACCUGGCGCGGGCCUCGAUCUUGGACCCGCUGACGCUGCUGGAGAGCUCCCCACAGGACUACGAGUCGGUGAGCCGGGGCUGCGCGGCGAGGCCCCCGUCCCCCAACCGGGGCAAGAUGCGGCUGGCCUGGUAUCUGGAGGAUGCCAAGGAGCCAGGCAGUGCCGGCUUCGUUCCCCGAAGUGCACGGCCCCGGUCCAGCAGCCCCCGCAUGGUGCGCCAGGCCCCGAAGAACGCCAAGGCCCAGGCAGCCAACGCCCGAGUGUCGCGCCGGGGCGUGGGCAAGCCCCCGCCCAAGGCCAAGUUGGAGCAGCGGCCUCCCUCGGCGGAUUGCUACACCCGGCCCCGCUCGGAGGGGCUGCUACCGAACCGCCCCGCGCCGGCGGCGGUGGAGGCGGCCAAGUCCACGAAGCGGUUCCUGAGCCGCACCUGCGGCACCAUGCAGGCGGCCUUGGCCACCUUCGACCCCAACGGCGACGGGCGCUUCAGCCGCGAGGAGUGGGCGCUGGGCCUGCAGAAGCUGGACUUCACGGUGUCCUACGACGCCCAGGAGAUCUUUACAGUACUGGACAAGCGCCAGCACCACAUGCUGACGCUCUCAGAUUUGCUGGACUACUGCAGCGGCGUGCCCGUGGACACGGGCAUGCCGGGGCCGGGCCUGCGGGGCACCAUCUCGGAGCUGUUCCAAGAGGUGAUGCAGGAGGAACUGGGCAAGAUCGUGCAGGAGGCUCUGGGUGAGGUGGCCAUGGCCAGUCUCCAGCACCCUAGUGGGCCAGCACAGGCCCUCCCGGACGUUCUCGGCUUUGUGCGCUACUUGCAGGAGAAGAGGAAGCAGCAAGCGCUGGAGGAGGCAUCCUCGCCCAAGUAUGCCGACCGCUUCGAAGACGAGUCAGAAAGUGAAAGCACUGACAGUGAGGAUGACACCGACAGCGAGGGCGGUGAAGUCAGCGAGGGUGAAGAGGAGACGGUUCAGAAGCUCAAGGAGCAGUUGGGCCGUGCUCCCACUCCAGAGGAGACGCGCAGGGAGGCAACAGCCAAGAGCACCAUGGACAAGCAUCUGGUGAGAGCGGCAUUGUUCCAACUUGGCGAGGAGCUCGGCCGCGCACCAACUCGGGAGGAGGUGGCCCAAAAGAAGCUCCAAGAUCAGCUCGGUCGCGAGCCCACCGCCAAAGAGACGCAGAAGGAGGUGAAAAAGAUCUCCAAGGUGGAGAAACGCUUGGCGAACCAGGCUGAGGCCAAGCUGAGUGAGGAGCUCGGUCGCGUUCCAACUCGAGAGGAGGUGGCGAAUCGGAAGCUACAGGAGGAGCUGGGUCGUGAGCCUACGACUUCCGAGCUCCAUGAAGAAACUGCCCGCACAAAGGGGCGCACGAAGGAGGAGCGCGCGGCCGUGCGCAAGGACAUUGCGCACACGAUGACGGUUGCAGAUCAGCUCAGGCAGCUGCUGGGUCGCGAGGCGACGGUGGAGGAGGUCGCGGAGAAGAAGUUAGAAGAGAAGCUGCAGCGACCGCCGCUGGAGCACGAAAGGGCCGAAGCCAUGGUGCACGUAGCCGUGCACCAGGAGCAGGUUCAGGAGAAGGUUCAGGAGAAGCUAAAGAACCAGUUGGGUCGUCAGCCCACACCAGAAGAGACUCGGAGGGAGGCAGCAGUCACGGCCGCCACAGACAAGCGUUUGGUGAGCCAGGCGCUAGCCCAACUGGGGGUGGAGCUUGGCCGGGUACCAACUCGGGAGGAGGUGGCCCAAAAGAAGCUCCAAGAUCAGCUCGGUCGCGAGCCCACCGCCAAAGAGACGCAAAAGGAGGUGAAAAAGAUCGCCAAGGUGGAGAAACGCUUGGCGAACCAGGCUGAGGCCAAGCUGAGUGAGGAGCUCGGUCGCGUUCCAACUCGAGAGGAGGUGGCGAAUCAGAAGCUAAAGGAGGAGCUGGGUCGUGAGCCUACGACUUCCGAGCUCCAUGAAGAAACUGCCCGCACAAAGGGCCGCACAAAGGAGGAGCGCGCGGCUGUGCGCAAGGACGUUGCGCACACGAUGAUGGUUGCAGAUCAGCUCAGGCAGCUGCUGGGUCGCGAGGCGACGGUGGAGGAGGUGGCGGAGAAGAAGUUAGAAGAGAAGCUGCAGCGACCGCCGCUGGAGCACGAAAGGGCCGAAGCCAUGGUGCACAUAGCCGUGCACCAGGAAUGGCACCAGGAGAAGAUGCAGCUGCAGCUUCGAAAGCCGGACUCCUCCAGCAGCCAACGCACCACCCAGUCUGAGGCAAGAGCCUCCAAGGGCGGGUCUUCGCCCAGCCGGGGCUCUUCGCCCACCAGCCGCGGCAACUCCUCGCCCAACAGCCGCAGCACAUCGCGCCAGGACAAGAGAGGCGGGAAGAAGAAGGGCCGAUCGCUGAUGGAGCUCCUGACCCACAGCUUCAAGGAGGACAGCGAUGGCCCGCUGGACCUCAACUGGGCGGAGGCGGCCCUGGAAGGACCCUCCACCACCAAGGGGUCGGUGGAUCCCAAGGAGGAGAUCGCCAAGGCCAAGAAGAAGCUUAAGAAGAAGGACGACAGGAAGAAGGUGAAGAGCCACUCCCCAGUGAGGCACCUCACCAGGGAUCAGCUACCUAUGGCCAAGUUCCUGGGCUACGGCUUCGUGGAACGCGAGGAUUUCGGGAACAUCCCAGAGGCCAAGUUGCCGGCCUUCGUGCCGCGACCGCCCUCUGAGAUCUGUAAGACCUACGGUCACAUCUUUCAAAUCCUUGCUGACCCCAGGGUGAAGAAGCUGAAGGUGGAGAAGAAGAAGCAAGUGCACAUGCCCCGCACAGAUGGCUUCGGCUCGAAAAGCUCCCCCAACUUGACGCACCUCACCGACUCCACCGCCUCCUCCACCGGCCAGGUGGCGCUGCCCCCACUGGGCGGCUCCAAAAGCUCCAAGCUGGAGCUCAGGAAUUCGAGCUCCGGCAUCGAUGCCGAGUGCCGGCGUGUCCCUGGGGCCCUGCGAGCCCAAGGCUCUGGGUCUUAGAUGCCCAAAGAAAGGACUGCCUCUGUGUGGGCUGCUUUGAGC